GUUAUAACGGUGUAUUGUGCGAUUGUUCCUCUGAUUGACUGUUGUGAUAUGUGACAACUGUUGGAAGACUGUUGGAAAGGUUUUUUUUCUGGAGCUCUUGUCUUGUUUGUUGUUCGAUCUAUUUUUCUAAAGACCAUAUGGAGAAAGAUAUUGUUUGAUUCCUCGUUGGACACUCACUGGUAUAUUGUGUUGAUAUUUAAAUGAUUGUUCUAGAGAAACAUUAUAAACGAGAAACAAUUUUGUGAAUGAUAGUUGACGACAGACAAUUGAUUGUAAAUUGUUUUGACUCCAUCAUGAUUCCACAGCACUCAGCCUUAGUUAAUGCCAUGACGUCACUGUACGGUCCCCACAUGCACCCCUCCGCAUCCCCACCCACUGCCGCUCACUCUCAGACCACGGCCUCACCCACGGGACCGUCCUCAUCAUUCCGUAUCGACGACAUUUUGAGAACAUCACCCAAUUCCACAUCAAGUGCUUCCAAUCCUCUCAGUGGACUUGCAAAACCAACGCCCAUCAACCCUGCAGCCCUCCACGGCCCGGGGGUGCUGACUGCCCCCUCCUUGUAUAAACCGAUGUCUAUGUACGAUCACACCCUUGUUCCUCAGUCCCCAUACCUUCCCUCCCACGUCUCCUACACCAACGCUCUCAUGAGUCACAUGUACCCCAUGCCAUACAUGAGGCCAGAGUAUGCACUGUUAGAUCGCCAUCAUGCAUUUUCAAAAGUGAUGCCAAAACCUUUCCUGUGGAACCAUUUUAUGCAGCGCCCUCUACAUAAGAGGAAGGGCGGACAAGUGAGAUUUUCUAACGACCAGACAGUAGAACUAGAAAAGAAAUUUGAAUCUCACAAGUACCUGUCUCCGCCAGAAAGAAAAAGACUGGCCAAAAGUCUCCAAUUAACAGAACGACAGGUAAAAACGUGGUUUCAAAAUAGACGCGCUAAAUGGAGAAGACUAAAACAGGAAUCACCAACUUGCGAGAAACAAAGUGAAACAUCUGCAGAAAAGAGCGGAAGUGACGCAGCAGACGAUUCAGAGGAGAGGAACAGGUGCACUUCGGACGAGGAAGAUUUUGAUAUGGAGGACAGUGACGAUGAAAUAGAUGUAGAGAGCGAAACCACGGAAAAAUAGCGAGAAGUGUAGAAUUUACGUGUGAACACUAUCCAGAGUGGAGGCACAAUGGUGUCAGGCAUAAAUCAGCGAACACCCUUGUGAAUUCGGCCUGUGUGAAGUUUCAAACAUUGAACAGGCACAGAAGAGUUCCUUUAAAAGAUGCGUAGAUCAGGAAUUUCUCCUGGUACACAUUGUUAAGUUUCAAAUAUAUAUUUGAAGCGAAAUGAAUUGAGAAUUUUGAUUUGACUAUAAAUGACUGCAUGAGUGGCGAUACGAAUGGUGCAAUUCUUAGUUUUUUGUAUUUAUUGUCACUUCCGGUCUUCCUCUUUCCAAACUACAUCAAACUAUGCAAUAAUUAUGACUAAAUGAGCAAACAUACGAUGUAGAAUUGUGGAAUACUACUGUUUCAUUUAUAUAUUUUUUACUGAAAUAAAACUCCAAGGAGAUAUGAUGUUUU